UCUUUUUUAUAGUUUGGUAACCUCCAUUUUGUGCUCGUUAAUUCUUCGUUUUCGCCGGGACAAAGGAGUAAGUAGAGCUUCAAAUCCGGAGAGCUUCAAAUCCUUUUAAAACCCUAACAAUUCGAUCUUUGUCUCCGAAAUCCAUUCUUUCUUAAGUUAUGAUCUUCGGGUAUUUCUUUUGGCCGACAGGGGGAGAUCUUUGAACCAAUCUGCUUAACUUUAAGAGGAAUAGGUAAGGGUUUUGGAUCAAGGGAUCGGGAUCGAGAUCGAGAUCGAGUUGUGAUUCACAUUCCAUGGCGUCUCCUGUACCCUCCGGGGUACCAAGACCCGGCAACCAUCCUCCACCGCCACCUAAUUACAACCCCAAUGUGCAGAGAACUGCUGCUGAUUCUAUGGCUGAUGGCAUGCAGAACCUGCAAAUCAAUCGACCCCCGUCAAUGCCCAAUCAACCUGUUCAUCGACCACCCCCAUUUGCGCCUUCACCAUUCUCUGCUACUUCUGCCUCUUCUGCUCCUACUUCAGCUCAAUUUUCUGGUUAUGCACCUGCUCCACGCUCUGGCCCUCCUCCUGCUGGGUUCACAAGAGCUGGCCCUCCUCCAACUGGUCCUCCGAAUGCAGCUGCCUCUUUAAGGCCUUCAGGCGCUCCUCCACCUUUCGGCUCCAGGCCGCCACCACCACCUGGUGCCUUACCUUCCUCCCCAUUUAUGACUAGCCCAGUUGUGCCGCCUUCGAAUCCAUCAAGUGUACAGGGUCCAAUGAGCAACGGGCCACCAGCAUUUGCUUCGGGGCCUCCUCGUUUCCCUCCUAGUGGUAGUGUUCAGCAGCCACCUGUUGGACCCCCUCAGGUGUCGGACAGAAUGCCACAAGCUCCUCCAAGCAUUCGUCCCUUCCCUGUGAGUCCUGCGGGGAGUUUUUCACAUGGUCCGCCCUCUCAACCGGUGCCACCGUUGCCACCUUUUCAGGCAGCAAGUGCUCCUCCACAUGCCACUCAGUCACUUCAUCCGUUUUCAUCUGCAAGUCCAUAUACGACGGCUCCAUAUGGGGCUCAGGCGUGGCAGAUGCAACCUCGGCAGGUGGCUCCACCGAUUCCUGGUGCUCAACCACCAAGCAUGUUUAGAAUGCCCCCACCGCCUCCACUGAAUCAACCUAUGACUGCUGGCCCUCCUGCUAUGUCUCAUCUGCCAGUACCAGGAACUCCUGCGUCUGGGCCAUCGAAAAUUGAUCCCAAUCAAAUCCCACGCCCUGUCCCAAGUUCGUCGGUGAUCCUGUUCGAAACUCGUCAGGGCAAUCAGGCCAACUUACCUCCGCCUGCUACCAGUGAUUACAUCGUCAAAGACACCGGGAACUGUAGCCCUCGUUUUAUGAGGUGUAGUAUUAAUCAGAUUCCAUGUACUGGUGACCUUUUGACAACAUCAGGCAUGCAGCUGGCUUUGAUGGUUCAACCUUUGGCCCUUCCUCAUCCAUCUGAAGAUCCCAUCCAAGUUGUUGAUUUUGGGGAUAGUGGACCUGUUCGAUGUUCUCGUUGCAAAGGGUACAUAAAUCCUUUCAUGAAAUUCAUUGAUCAAGGAAGGCGUUUCAUUUGCAACUUAUGUGGCUUUACUGAUGAGACUCCUCGUGAGUACCACUGCAAUUUGGGACCAGAUGGUAGACGUAGAGAUGCUGAUGAGAGGCCUGAGUUAUGUAGGGGAACUGUUGAAUUUGUUGCAACAAAGGAAUACUUGGUCCGUGAUCCAAUGCCUGCUGUAUUUUUCUUCCUUAUCGAUGUAUCCAUGAAUGCUAUACAGACUGGUGCAACUGCAGCUGCAUGCAGCGCAAUCAACCAAGUUAUUGCCGACCUACCUGAAGGUCCUCGGACAUUCGUGGGUAUUGCAACAUAUGACUCGACAAUUCACUUUUACAAUUUGAAACGUGCAUUACAGCAGCCCUUGAUGCUCAUUGUUCCUGAUGUCCAAGAUGUCUACACUCCUCUCCAAACUGACGUCAUUGUUCAAGUUUCUGAGUGCCGUCAACAUCUGGUGCAAUUGCUGGAGAACAUUCCAACCAUGUUUCAAAGUAACAAAGUUGCUGAUUCAGCAUUUGGUGCUGCAAUCAAGGCUGCUUUUCUGGCAAUGAAGACAACUGGAGGGAAACUUCUUGUAUUUCAGUCAGUACUGCCCUCAGUUGGCAUCGGAGCUCUUUUUGCUCGGGAAGCUGAAGGAAGGACUAACAUCUCUGCCGGGGAGAAGGAGGCCCAUAAAAUGCUUCAACCAGCUGACAAGACUCUGAAGACAAUGGCAAUAGAAUUUUCCGAGUAUCAAGUUUGCGUUGAUGUCUUCAUUACCACCCAGAGUUAUGUAGAUAUUGCUUCCAUCUCUGUUGUCCCAAAAACUACUGGAGGACAGGUACUUUCUUUUUUUACUUCGAAUUUCCAUAAUAUCCAGCAUUUAUUGAAUAAAUUUAUGGAGCUGCUAUUCCUAUGUCUCAAAAAGAACAAUAGAUUGGUUCUUCUUAGGAGUUUUCUUACAUGGUAUCGGUAAUGGUGCCAAUGGUGA